GUUUUAUUCAGGAGUACUUUGCCUGUCACUCAAGGUGGUUUCGACUUUCCAGCUCAAUGGCUUUUGUGCCAGUGAUACCAGAGUCCUACAGCCAUGUUCUUGCAGAGUUUGAGUUUCUGGAUCCAUUACUUUCAGCCCUGAGGCUGGACUCCAGUCGUCUAAAGUGCACGAGCAUAGCUGUGUCUCGGAAAUGGUUGGCUUUGGGCAGUUCAGGAGGAGGACUCAAUCUCAUUCAGAAGGAAGGCUGGAAGCACAGGCUCUUUCUUUCACACAGGGAAGGUGCAAUUUCUCAGGUUGCCUGUUGUUUACACGAUGAUGAUUAUGUUGCUGUAGCUACCAGUCAAGGUCUCGUAGUUGUUUGGGAAUUAAAUCAGGAGCGUCGUGGGAAACCAGAACGAAUUUAUGUGUCUUCAGAGCACAAAGGCCGAAAAGUUACAGCUCUCUGUUGGGACACAGCUAUUCUUAGAGUUUUUGUAGGUGAUCAUAUGGGGAAAGUUUCUGCCAUCAAACUUAACACUUCCAAACAAGCAAAGGCAGCUGCUGCCUUUGUGAUGUUUCCUGUCCAGACAAUAACAACGGUUGACUCCUGUGUUGUGCAGUUAGAUUAUUUGGACGGAAGACUCCUUAUAUCUUCACUUACUCGGUCAUUCUUGUGUGACACUGAGAGAGAAAAAUUUUGGAGAAUUGGAAGCAAGGACAGAGAUGGAGAAUACGGAGCUUGUUUCUUCCCUGGAAGAUGUUCUGCGGGCCAGCAACCCCUAAUAUAUUGUGCUCGCCCUGGCUCCAGGAUGUGGGAAGUGAACUUCGAUGGGGAAGUUAUAAGUACACAUCAGUUUAAGAAACUCCUCUCUUCACCACCUCUCCCUGUGAUUACCCUAAGAUCAGAUCCUCAGUAUGAUCAUACAGUUGGGUCCUCCCAAUCUUUGUCUUUCCCCAGACUCUUGCACAUUAGUGAGCACUGUGUGCUGACUUGGACAGAAAGAGGAAUUUAUAUUUUCCUUCCUCAGAAUGUUCAAGUUCUUCUCUGGAGUGAAGUCAAAGAUCUUCAGGAUGUAGCUGUCUGCAAGAAUGAGCUGUUCUGUCUGCACCUCAGCGGGAAAGUCUCACAUCUUUCUCUGUUGUCUGUGGAACGCUGUGUGGAACGCCUGCUGAGGAGAGGCCUGUGGAACCUGGCUGCUCGCACUUGCUGUCUUUUCCAAAAUUCUAUUAUUGCCAGCAGAGGAAGAAAAUCUUUGACUGUAGAUAAAUUGGAGCAUUUGAAGUCUCAGCUGGACGUCGCAACCUACAGUGAUCUUAUUUCUCAGCUGGAAGAAUUGAUCUUAAAAUUCGAGCCUUUGGAUUCAGCUUGCAGCAGUAGAAGAAGCUCCAUUUCGUCACAUGAAAGUUUCAGCAUCUUGGACUCUGGUAUUUAUCGUAUCAUUAGUAGUAGAAGAGGCAGUCAGUCAGAUGAAGAUUCUUGUUCGCUUCAUAGCCAAACCCUCUCAGAAGAUGAGAGACUCAAAGAAUUUGCCUCACAUCAAGAAGAGGACCCACCAGAUCAGUGUUGGGGCUCACACGGAAAUGAAGACAGUGUUUCCCAUGUUCCCGGGACAUCUGAGACAGAUAAGAAUGAAACUUUUCUCCCCUUCAGCAUUCCGCUUUCAUUUCGUUCUCCAUCUCCUCUUGUGUCUCUUCAGGCUGUCAAGGAAAGCGUUUCUAGUUUUGUACGUAAAACUACUGAGAAGAUUGGCACCCUUCAUACAAGCCCUGAUCUGAAAAUAAGACCAGAACCCAGAGGUGAGGAGCAGUUAUGUGAAGAGGAGAUGAGUCUAGUCACCUACCCAAAGGAAGACGACACUGAGGGCAAAAAAGAAGUAAUUAGUCAACCUCUGGAAGAAGACAAGCUCCAAGAGCUCAAAGUAGCAACAGCAGAAGCAAUGACCAAGCUAGAGGACCCACUGGUUUUGUUUGAACCCACGUCUCUGAGGAUGAUCUUACAGGAGUGGCUCUCGCAGUUAGAAAAAACAUUUGCCACGAAGGACUUUACAGUUAUUUCAGAUACUGGCAACUCAUCCAUGACAUCAAACCAGGAUAUGCUGUCAUUUGAAGAGUCAGAAAAGGAAAUGUUAGAUGAAAACAGUGAAAAAGAAAAGGGGGACUCUUUAGGCAAUGAAGAAAAUGUUGAUCCAACAGCGUGUGAAUCUACAAAUAGUCCGAGGGAGCCCUUGGUUGACCUUUUCCAAGUAUGUUCUCCGUGCAGCAUAGCCAGCUGUCUUCAGAAGGACCUGGCUGAAUUGACAACGUUGUGUUUGGAAUUGAAUGUAUUGAAUCCUGAGACCAAAAGCGCAAGUGGACAUGUGGACCACACUUCACAACAGUACUGUCCUGAAAGUCUGGCUUGCCAGUUCAUAAAGAAGUAUUUUUUUCUCCUGGACUUGAAAAGAGCAAAGGAGAGUAUCAAGCUUAGUUACGCUAACAGUCCUUGUGUUUGGGAUACUUUUAUUGAAGGACUGAAAGAAAUGGCAAGUUCCAAUCCUACAUAUAUACAGAUGGAAGAAGGAGACCUACCAACAAGAAUAAAGUUAUUGAAUGACUCAGUCCCCUUUAACAAUCCUUUGUUGAUUGCUCAUGCUACCCGAUUGUAUGAGAGGUUUGGAGAAUCUGCCCUUCGGUCCUUAAUCAGAUUUUACCCAUCUAUCUUGCCUUCGGAUGUCAUGCAACUUUGUCAUCAUCAUCCUGGUCAGUUUUUGGCCUACUUAGACAGUCUGGUGAAAUCAAGGCCUGAAGAUCAACGGCCAUCCUUCCUUGAGUCCCUUCUACAACCAGAGUCUUUGAGAUUGGAUUGGCUGCUUUUGGCCAUGUCCCACGAUGCUCCCCCAAGCACAAGCAUGAUGGACGAUGAAGGAAACCCUAGGCCUCAUUCACACUUGUCUUCGUGGGGCUACAGUCAGCUGAUGCUAUAUCUCAUCAAACUACCUGCAGAUUUUACAACCAAAGAGAAAAUGACUGACAUCUGUAAGUCUCAUGGUUUCUGGUCUGGAUAUCUUUCUCUUUGUUUGGAACUGGAGAGAAGAAGAGAGGCCUUCACCAAUAUUGUGUGCCUGAAUGAUAUGAGCCUGAUGGAAGGGAACAAUGGUUGGAUCCCAGAGACUGUGGAGGAAUGGAAGCUUCUCCUACAUCUCGUACAGAACAAGAGCACAAAGCCAAGCCCCCAGAAGUCACCAAAUGGGAACUUCAAUGAUGGGCCUUCCCCCAUCAACGUGGAGAAUGUGGCACUCCUGUUAGCUAAGGCUAUGGGCCCGGAUCGGGCCUGGUCCCUCCUACAGGAAUGUGGUUUAACCGUGGAGCUGUCAGAGAGGUUUACCAGAACCUGCAAUAUCCUAAGGAUUGCUGAGAAAAGGCAGAGAGCCUUGAUACAAAGCAUGCUUGAAAAAAUGUGAUCGGUUUCUCUGGUCUCAGCAGGCCUAGUGGAAGAAGAUUGAGCAAAUGUCACAACGUUUUGAGAAAAACUGAAUCAUGCUCCCAAACGUCCUGAGUACAUUUGCUGUUGAAGGAAAUGUACCACCUGAAAACCCUGCCACCUUCCAGGGUGUACUUUUGUCAGUGUCCCUCACUUCUGCGUUUGUGGCUCCAUCUGUGUCCUCAGUGUUUCUCACCCAGGAUUGAACUUUGAAAGGAAUCAGUCUUUGUUUGGUGAAAUGAAGUGCCCUGGAAUCAGAAUAUGAAAGUUCACAGCCAUGUCAGUCUUAUUCUGAAUGACAGUAUUACCUUCUCCUUGCUGGUGGAUUGGGAUAAUUAGUUUCCUGUUGUGACUGUCAUGGAGGGAGCAGAAGUUUCUCCUCCCAGUUCCAUGAAGACGGAUAAAGUAACUGGCAGGAGUUGAAUUCUUUUUACAUCUUAGCUGGAAUAGUUGAGAAAUACUGAAAUAAGACCUGGCAGAAUGGAAUUAGCACAUCAAAGAAGUGAAACUGAGCAUUCAAGUUAGAUAUUUACAUUAAAUGACCCCAUAUUUAAAUUGAGCUAAUUUACAAUAUAUUUUUCCUAGUAUUUGAUGUUUUCUAAUCUGAACCUAUAUACAAAUGACUAAUUUAUUACUGGAAAUGUUUUAUCUCUAAUCUUUACUAAACGGUGGCCCAAAGGAAUCAUGCACUUUUAAAGAUUAUUUUUUAAAAGCCAUAAUAGAGGAAAGCGAAGUACUAACAAAGGUGGUAGUAGGCUCUUGUGCCAUUUAAGCCAUGUACUAGAAUGCCUUCUUCAGGCUCCUGUACCUUUGUAGCACAUUAACGUUGAUAAUAAAUGUAAAAUCUGUUCUUAUUUGAAUAGAUACAAGGUUUAUUGUGAGCAAUUUGCUGGAAGGUGUGGGUAACCUCAGUGUGGAGUAAGAAAAGUUGGAUAUGUUGAAUGAUUCAGUCAUAACACUGAGAGCUACAGAUAGAAAUGGCUGUCAGAUAUUCCAUCUGAUAUUCGGAUACUAUGUAACCAGAUGGUUGAAGAGAUUGUCAGGGAGAGGAGGCUUACAGAGUUUCAUAGAGUUUUGGGAAGCAUAAAAAACCUAACGAUUCUGCUCAACAGUGGGGGUAGGGUGGGUGGGUGGGUGGGUGGGUGUGUUUGUGUGUGGUUUCCUCUUACCAAGCAAUUCUCUGACACCAGUUGGGUGGCUACAGUUCAACCCAUUUCUGACACUACUGACCCAGAGGUAGCAUCAGAUCCACAGGUAAAGGGCUCAGUCCUAAGAGUGCCCUCCAUUUUAUUUUUUUAAAUUUAAAUUCAGUUAAUUAACAUAUAAUGUGUUAUUCAGAGGUAGAGAUCAGUGACUCAUCAGUCUUAGGAACAUCCAAUACUCAUUACAUCACGUGCCCCCCUUAAUGUCCAUCACCCAGUCACCCCAUCCCCCCACCUCACCCCUGCCCUCCGCUUUGCACACUAAUUGCAUGUCCAGGUUGUUACCUGUACUUCUGACCAACUGGCUAUAAAUCAGAGGUCCUCAUGAUCCCUUCCUUGGGUUUGAUGAUUUGAUUAAAUUGCUAGAGCAGCUCCCAGAACUCAGA